CUAUUUGUAUUAUUCGCUACCGCAACGAAGUGUUUGUUUAUAAACUAAACCAAGAAACCAGAUGUAUCGUCUAGAGGAUCGAAACCAUUGACCUACAAAGAUAUGAAAGGCGUUUCCAAGAGGUUGGCAGAUAAGGUAGCUUUGAUCACCGGCGGCGCCAGCGGGAUCGGCGAGAGCACCGCAAGGCUAUUUGUUCGACUAGGUGCCAAAGUUGUCAUUGCCGACGUCCAAGACGACCUUGGUCGCUCUGUAUGCGACAGCAUUAUUCGCAGUACUGACGAUUCCAUUUCAUGCGUCCACUGCGAUGUCUCCGAAGAGAUCGACGUCGAAAAAGCCGUGGAAUUCACCGUGGCAAAGCACGGCAAGCUCGACAUUAUGUUCAACAACGCCGGCAUUCCCGGCAACUCAAACCCAAGCAUAUUGGACAUUGAGCGUGAAGAUUUCAAGAGGGUGUUCGACGUGAACGUGUACGGAGCUUUCUUGGGUGCCAAGCAUGCAGCCAAAGUAAUGAUUCCGGCAAGAAAAGGCAGCAUACUUUUCACAUCAAGUGUUACCUCGGUGAUUCACGGCGAAGUCCCGCACGCCUAUUCGGCUUCGAAACAUGCGGUGGUGGGACUGACUAAGAACCUGUGUGUUGAACUGGGACGGUAUGGGAUUAGGGUUAACUGUAUCUCUCCGUACGGAGUGGUGACCCCUAUGCUAAGGAAAGCCCUAGGGGAUGUCCAGAAGGAGGCGGUAGAGGAGGUGGUUUCUGCCGCCGCAAAUCUAAAGGAGGUGAAAGUGGAGGCGGAGGAUGUGGCGGAGGCUGCGGCGUUCUUGGGGAGCGAUGAGUCCAAAUAUGUAAGUGGGAUGAACCUUGUUGUGGAUGGUGGUUACAGCACCACCAAUCCAUCUUUCGGUGAGAAAUUUAGGAAGAAGUUUGCUUGAGAGAACCACUUGAUCACAUGUAGUGUUGAUAAUAAUUUUGUUUAUAGUUAAAAAUUUAAGCUGCUUAGAGUCUACUUGCUUAAUUUCUUAGAUAUAAUUUCUAUAUUAAAGAAAUAGAAUC